AUGGGUUCUUUAGACGAUGGUUACGACGACCCAUUUGCUAGAAUUUACGAGCCAUUUUCCGGGUUAAAUGAGAUGGAUUUUGAGCUGCAUGGGAUUUACAUGGAUCAUGAACCACGACAGGAGUUUGUAUCAAGGCUUGAUAAAUGUAAGGAUCAUUUUCUUAACAUUCUACUUUGUGAUGCGAACAUUAGAAAUGCAAGUAUGACUGAUGAGGUGAAAGAUCGAGUGGACCAUGGUAAUGAUUUGCAAAAUGAUGAGGAGGCAGAGGAAGAAGUGACUAACAAAUACAGAAUACAUGAUCCAAAUGUUCGGAAAAUGCCUGGUAGGCCCAGAACCAAAAGAAGGAGGCAUGCAAGUGAGAAAGAGAGUAAGUUUAGUUCCACUUCAAGGGUGAAACCCCCAAGGAUAGUAAGAUGUGCUAAUUGUCUUGAGUAUGGGCAUAAUAAAAAAGGCUGCAAGAAUGAAAAAAAGGUACCAAUUCCUAUGCCACCAAAGAAGAUUGGGAGGCCUAGGAAAUGUGAUGUAGCUGGAUCCAAUCCACAUGUUUCUAUACCCACUCAGUCUAGUCAACAAGCAAGUCAAUAG